AUGAAGCUCACAACCCUCCUCACCCUCCCCUUCCUCCUCACGCCCCUCCUCGCCGCUCCCAACCCCAAUCCCGCUCCCGCCGUAGGCUCCAACUUCCGCGGGCGCCCCAAACCCUACAAACCGUCGCCCCCAGACACAAAAUACUUCCACGAACCCGGCGGCAACGACGAGCUGGGCCACUACGACAUCCGGUACUUCAAAGCGGUCGUCUCGUACGAGGAGCGCGGCGACACCCUGCUCGGCCUGAUCCGCAGCUACCUGACCGUCUUCCGCGAGAAGAACAUCGAGACCUGGAUCGCGCACGGCACGCUGCUGGGCUGGUGGUGGAAUGGGAAGAUCAUGCCGUGGGAUUGGGAUCUCGAUACGCAGGUCUCGGCGUCGACGCUGGUGUGGAUGGGGCAGAAUUUGAAUAUGACGCUGCAUAACUUCACCGUGCAAACGGCAUCCGGGGAGGAGCAGCAGCGGGAGUAUCUGCUAGAUGUAAAUCCGAACCAUGUGGAUCGCAUGCGGGGGGAUGGCAUGAAUGUUAUUGAUGCGAGGUGGAUCGAUGUCAGGAAUGGGCUGUAUAUCGAUAUCACAGGCCUCUCGGAAACGAACCCGAGUCAGCAGCCAGGCGUGUGGAGUUGCAAGAACUAUCACCAUUACAAGACGCGGGAUAUCUACCCGUUACGGGAGACGGAGUUCGAGGGCGUGCCGGCCACGGUGCCGUUUGGGUUUGAUCGCAUUCUGGUGCAGGAGUAUAGUCCGAGGGCGUUGACGAAGACUAUGCAUGAGGGACAUACAUGGAACCCCGAACAAAAAGAAUGGAUCAAGAACGCGCCCCAAGGAAACCUGAAGCUGCACCCGAAUAGCAAGGCCGGGCGCUCACACAUGCCGCGCAGCCUGCUCGGAGACGAGGCACCGCGGUCGGGGCUAGGGAAUCUUUUACGAACGUUAUGA